AUGGAGAAGAUCUGCGUGGCGGUUCGAGUGAGACCUCCUGUAUCUCAAGAUGUCUCCAAUGGAGGAACUUUCUGGAAGGUCGACGACAACCGCAUCUCUCUUCACAAGCCUCAUGGCACCCCCAUAUCCGGAGUCUCUUACGCUUUUGAUCAUGUGUUCGAUGAAGGCUGUACGAAUUCUAGGGUUUACGAGCUUCUUACCAAGGACAUUAUUCAUGCUGCAGUCGAAGGAUUCAAUGGAACUGCAUUCGCGUAUGGGCAGACCAGCAGUGGCAAGACUUUCACCAUGAAUGGUUCUGAAAAAGACCCAGGAAUAAUUCAUCGAGCAGUUAGAGAUGUAUUUGACAGAAUCCAGAUGACUUCACACCGCGAGUUUCUGAUUCGAGUUUCCUAUAUGGAAAUCUAUAACGAGGAAAUUAACGACCUUUUUGCAGUAGAGAACCAGAAAUUGCAGAUUCAUGAGAGUUUGGAGCGUGGUAUAUUUGUUGCUGGCCUCAGGGAGGAAAUUGUUAGUAAUGCUGAACAGGUUUUAAAGCUCAUUGAGUCUGGAGAAGUUAAUAGGCACUUUGGAGAAACAAAUAUGAAUGCUCGGAGUAGUAGAUCUCACACUAUAUUCAGAAUGGUAAUUGAAAGCAACGCAAAGGACACUAGUUCAAGUAUUGAUGCAAUUCGUGUGUCUGUCUUGAAUUUGGUAGAUUUAGCCGGGUCUGAACGCAUUGCUAAAACUGGAGCUGGCGGAGUACGUCUUAAAGAAGGAAAGUACAUAAACAAGAGCUUGAUGAUUCUUGGUAAUGUAAUUAACAAACUUAGUGAUGGUGCAAAAAACAGGGGUCAUAUUCCUUAUCGCGAUAGUAAGCUUACCCGUAUACUUCAACCUGCCCUUGGUGGCAAUGCCAAAACUUCAAUUAUAUGUACUAUAGCACCAGAAGAGGUACACAUUGAGGAAACAAAGGGAACCCUUCAAUUUGCUAGCAGAGCUAAGCGCAUCACUAAUUGUGCUCAAGUGAAUGAGAUUUUGACAGACGCAGCCUUACUGAAGCGGCAAAAACAAGAGAUAGAAGAGCUUCGUAAGAAACUUCAGGGAUCCCAUGCCGGGGUGCUGGAGCAAGAGGUAUUAAAAUUGCGAAACGACUUGCUUCAGUAUGAACUAGAGCGGGAGAAGCUGGAAAUGGAACUGGAAGAGCAGAGGAAAUCACAUAAACAACGCGAACAAUGCAUCAGGGAUCAGCAGAUCCAAAUUGACAAUCUCGGUAGUCUUUCUACUACUUCAGACCUCGACAGAAGUUCUAGUCAGGCACAAGAUUCUGGUAGACAAAGCCUUAAGGAAGAUGGUGAUGACAGCUAUAGUAAAUCUCAAGGAGAUCUCUUUAGGACCCCCUCUUUGAAGGCAGUUCCCCAUUCCUUUGUUGUCAAGCGAUCAAAUUAUUCACCAGUGCCUGGUUUUAGCCCUCUUCCAGAUUCUUUUAGCAACGUGGUUGAUGAAGACACGUGGUUUAAAAUGAACAAAGGUUUCGUGGCUGACCUUGAUUCCCUUCAAAUGACUCCUUCAAGAACAGUUCAAUCCUUUCCGCCAUGUGAUGAAACUGCUGGUUCAAAGGAGAAUUACAAGCAGGAGGUCCAGAAUUUGAAGAGACAACUAGAACUUUCCAUUGAAGAGAGAGAUGAUCUUAUGAGGAAACAUGCCGAACAAGUCGUAUUGAAUGAUCGAUUAGUUUCAGAGAUAUCUGAACUCCAAAAUGAAGCACAGCUAAUUCGAGAAAUCCCUCAAAGGCUUUCUGAAUGUGCGGCAACUUGCAAAGAUAUUUAUGUUGAUGUUUUAUCAAAGACUCAGAGCUUUAUAUCCGAUGAGAAAACUUCUGCGGCAAAAUUGGUCUCAAGCAUAAGUGAAAUUGGCACAAGCCUUUUUACGACUCUAGAAACCCAUUUCUCAGUGGCAUUUGGUGAAGGCCAAAGAUCAUUUUCCGAGACUAGUUCUCUGAUCCAAGAACAGCGAGAAGUGCUCUCUGAGAGGUUGAACAACACAAUUAAAUUAUUGGUAUCAUCAGAAAGACCAAGCAUUGAAAAUGAACAAGGCUGUGCAACCGGAGGAGAAAAUGCAUGUUGGAAGGAAAAACUAAGCAAUGAACUCAUCACUGUCAAGGAAAGAUACCAUGGCCUGGAGGAGGAGUUAGAUUCCAACAACCAGCUUCUGGAGAAAUCAAAACAAAGAUAUGAUGCCUUGGAAGCUGAGUUUCAACUUUUGAAAGAAGAAAGAGAUUCUUUGCACAAAAUUGUCUCUGAAUCAUCUCAAACACUUGCUCUGGCUACUGACCAAAAGGAAAAUGUUCUCAAGGAUCUGAAUAAUGAGGUACUCAGAAGGAAAGAUCUUGAAGAGAAAAUUAAACAGUUUAGUGUCGCUUUUGGCUGUAGGAAGACAUCGCUCAUGUCUUUCCACAGUGAAUUUAAGUCUAAAAUUGAGAGUUUGAGAGCCAAAAAUUCAGCUUCAGUGCCCAAAUCUGCUGGAUGUUAA